CGCAUGUUUUUAUUUUGUAACGCAGCAUUGGUGAAUGGUGAUUUGGUGUGGUGAAAUUAAUAAAUGCUUCUAAAAUACUGAUUUACUGCCAUGGAUUUUCCACCGACACCGUCUCCUUCAGAUAGCAAUGACUACCCUGGAAUUCCGCCUACUUUUGACGCACAAGAUAAUACUAAGCGAAGAAGUUCAUCUCGAUCGAUAAAGCGUCGGCGUUUCGACGAUGAGUUAGUGGAAUACAGUCUCGGGAUUCCAGGGGCUUCUAUAGGCAAGAGUGAGAAGCGAAUGCGUACACAAUCCUACACCAGUCAUUUGCCGGAGUUUCCGUUAGUGAGUGCGCCUCCCACGCCCGUGGCCCCGACGCCGCCCGAGCGCCGCCGUGCCUCGGGAAAACUGCCUGUCGGUCCGGUUUUAUCUAAGAAGUCUAGGCGUAAGGGACAGCUUAGUCAGUUAUCUACAAAAGAUCUUGGACGUUGGAAACCUACUGAUGACUUGGCUCUGAUAUUGGGGGUGCAGCAGACCAAUGACCUGCGCAUAGUCCACCGAGGCAUCAAAUUCUCCUGCCGCUUCACGCUUGGAGAGCUACAGUCCCGCUGGUAUGCUCUGCUGUACAACACUGAGAUCUCCCGAGUAGCAGUGGCCGCUAUGAGAAACCUUCACCCUGAUUUGGUGUCUGCUGUCCAGCAGCAAGCUUUGUAUUCUACAGCUGAAGAAGAUUUACUUGGCACAUUGAAUAGUAGCUCUCAACCAACAGAAGAGCGAUUCCAAGAACUUCUAGAGCAAAACCCACAUGUAUUUUACCCUUCAAGGACCGCCAAAUCACUGAUGGCACACUGGCAACUUCUGAAGCAGUACCAACUGCUGCCUGACCAAGUUGUGACACCACUGCCUAAAGGCACUGAUGAGAACAUUUUGACAUUUUCGGACGCAGAAGACACAAUUAAUGACUCAGAAUUACCAGAUUACAAGGAAGACGGUAUUGAUGUUGAGAUGCAGCUAGCAGACAGAAUACAGAAGAAAGACAUCCGCCUUCUAGAAACUUCUCUAACCCGCUGGCAGGUGCUUGUGCAGUCAGUGGCCGGAGGCGGAGAGCUGGACAAACACACACUGGCCGUGUUGCGCGGCCGCCGCGUGCGCUACCUCAUGCGCUCCCGGGAGAUCGCAGUGGGGCGCAGCACCCGCGACCAUACGAUCGACGUGGAUCUGACGCUGGAGGGCCCCGCGGCCAAAGUGUCCCGCAAGCAAGCCACCAUCCGCCUGAGGAACACGGGUGAUUUCUUCAUGUCCUCGGAGGGCAAGCGCCCGAUCUUCGUCGACGGUCGGCCAGUACUUCAGGGGAAUAAAGUGAAGCUCAAUCAUAACAGUGUUAUUGAGAUUGCGGGCCUCUGCUUCGUAUUUCUCAUCAACCAGGACCUCAUCAGCGCCAUUCGCCAAGAAGCCGUUAAAGUGAAUAUUCCUGUAUAAAAGUUUUCAAUAAAGGGGAUUAAUUAAUACAUA